ACAUUUCUUCUGACAGUUCGUACUGGUUCGUACGUAUUUGCAGGUGCUUUCCGGUUGGUUUCCAGUGUUUUAUUUCUGUUUUACUUCGUUGGUGGUGUAAAUUAAUUUGCAUUUAAGAUGAUUUCCUGAUAGUUGGGACGGUUUUACAUCCGUGACAUGCCAAGAUGUUCAUAGAGGACAUAAAAAACGAUUUCUACAACAUAUUGCUAGGGAACAGGGUGUUAUUAUUAGUUCAUUACGACGUGGAUGCUAUUUGCACGUGUAAAAUAUUGCAGGGUUUGUUUAAAAGUGAUAAUGUGUCGUAUACAUUGGUGCCGGUGGGGGGUAUUGCGGAGUUAAAGCAGGCUUAUGAAGAAAAUAAUGAAGAAAUAAAGUAUGUGGUGCUGGUGAACUGUGGGGGGACCAUAGACUUGGUGGAUAUCCUGCAGCCGGAGGAAGAAGUUGUGUUCUUUGUGUUGGACGCUCACAAACCUACUGAUGUUUGUAAUGUUUAUAGUGAUGGACAGGUGAGGCUAGUUUACAAAGAUAGCGAGGAGAACAUUCCAAACUUUGAUGAUAUUUUCAAAGAUGAAGAGGAAGAUGAGGAGAAUGAGGAGUCAGAGAGUGGUCGUGAAGGGCUGGAGGCGAUGGUGGAGCGUCGCCGCGAGCGCCGCGCCUGGGAGGAGAGGAGGAACACCCUCAUGUUCAACUACACGCAGUUCUCUUAUUAUGGGAAACCUAGUGCGUGUAUAGCCCUAGAGCUAGCCUGGCGAGUGUCGCGGUGCGGCUGGGGCGGCGUGUGGGCGGGCAGCGUGGCGGCGGCGGCGGGCGCCGCGCUGUGCCGCCGCGCGCCGGCGCAGGCGCUGCUCGACCACCACCAUCUGCGCGAGCACACGCCGCAAGAGCACGACAAAACUGGUUGUCAUGUAACUCUAGAGAAGGACGUAUGCCUGCCGCUAUACCGGCGCUGGUCGCUGGAGGCGGCGCUGUGCCACGCGCCGGCGCUGGCGCCCUCGCUGCGGCUGCACACACGGGCUGGUCACGCGAGGCUUAGGCAGCUGCUGGCUGAUACUGGAAUCCCUCUCCAACAAGCUCGUCAAGCGUACCGCUCGAUGGACGUGGAGCUGCGUCGCUCGCUGCUGUCGGCGCUGGAGGCCGCCGCCCCCAAGCACAAGCUGCCCGCACCCACGCACACCACGUUCCUGCUGCAGCGAGUACACUCGCCCACGCUGCCCGCCAUGGACGUCGUCUUCGCUAUCAUGGGGCUUAUUGAACAUGAAACAAUACCAAAAGCGGAAGGCUUCCAACACGCUCUCUCAGCGUUAGACACACAGAGCGGACAGAAUGAGAGCCUGUCGCUGGGCAGCGCGGGCGCCAUGGCGGCGCUGCAGGCGGUGGCCCGCCUCGUGCACGGCACGCUGAGCGGCCGCCGGCUGCACCUCGCCGGACCCUUCAGCUACUUCAUCGUGCAGGAGGGUACCCCAGAGUCCCGCAUAGUCCGCGGUCCGCUCUGGCUGGGCGUGGCGGCGCGGUGGACGGCGGCGGCGGCCGGGGCUUCACGAGCUGUAGUCGCCAGUGCACCCAUUGAUGACACCACCUGUCUGCUGCUUGGCAUACCGCCUAGAUAUCAGCAUGAGCCUAGGAAUCUAUUCGGCGCGGCAUUCGAGCAGGCAGCGACCAAGUGCGGCGCGAGUGUAUCGCUCGACCACGUGGACUCCUCCGUCAUCACGCUGCCGCUCGCUCAGCGCCCGCAGUUCCUCGACGCUCUCACUGCUUUACUCGCUUAAACAUACCUAAACAAUGUACUAUACACUAUCGUCAUCUCAGGCAUAGGACGUCUACUGCUAAACAUAAGCCUCCCCCUUAGAUCUGCACAGAUACCUGCUGGAGGCGACCUGCAUCCAGCGUCGACGGCGACCGACAUAAGGUCGUCUGUCCACCUUGUUGGUGGACGUCCUACGCUUUGCUUGCUAGUCCGUGCAACACUAUACACUAUACUUAUGACAUACCAUACUAAACAAAAACAUUAUCCCCACCCGCAUUAUAUCUACGCUACUCUGACUAAAAAUCUUGAUAAACAUUGGCAAAUACACUAGAAUUGAAAUAAAGUACUGAAUGUUUAAAAAAACUUUGGAAAAACAUUAGUUUAAUUAUAAUUUCUCACUUAUUUAUUUUUUUAUAUUUCAGUAUAAGCAUCAUAUGAAUUUAAAAUGUUAACAUCUUUUUAGUUUUUUCUCAUUACCAGUCACUACAAUAAUAAUAGUAUAUAAGGAAUGCUGCAUUACUGUAAAUAUUGUCGUAAGUACCCGCAACACAAUGCAGUCGAACUGUUAUGAACUAGAUGUACAAAAUAAUAUCUUUAACCAAUCUAUGAAGUAAGUUAGCUAAGUUAACAGACGAAAAUCACAAAAUUGUGCCUUCAAACCUAUCAUAGUUUUAAGAUAAUUCAAUAAAUAAUUCGCCUAUAAUAUCUUUAAUUAAAUAUAGCAAUCAGAUACAUAGUUUAAAAUAUUAAUUUCAAUACUGAUCCCAGUUUUGUGUAUGAUAUUAUUUCACUUAUUAAUGAUCAAUAAUUAUAAUCUACUUUUUGUUAAUUGAAAUCAGUUUCUGUUUUAUUUUCAUAAGAUUUGAAAUGUAUGUUUGUGUGCUGUGAAAAGUGGGAAGAAUGGUGGUUUUUAUGUAUAAAAAAAACAUGAAUUUUCCAAAUUUCAAUGCAUAUCAUGAAAAAUGUAGUUUUUGUAAUAAAAUCACCAUUCUCCUAACUUGUUUAUUUGUUGAUAUGACUGUUUCUAAUUGUAAGUUCUUAGUGAAUAAUAUUUAUUUAGUAAUAACUCAGUUGCUUUAUAAAAUAAAUAAAAUUGAUUAUAGAAAAA